AUGUCCUCGAGCAGGUACAGUACUUCAUGUGCUCCUAGGCGAUCUAUUCCUUCUCCCUUGGUGUUUUCACCAUCAGCCGAUCAAAGCCAAAAUUCCGCUUCAUUCGAUUAUGAAAAAUUCAGUUUUUCUACCAUAUCGAACGCAAAUGCAUGUAAAUCAAAGAGACCAUCUAUAUUACAAAGAUUACCAUUAUCUAACCAGAAAUAUUCAGAUGCUGAAGGGCAUUUUGAACAAAAAUUAAACGAAGAAGCUUAUGGAAGACGGAAAAUUAAUAGGAGCAAAAGUUACGAAGUGCCAGCUCGUAAAAUUUCUAUAGAACGACAAAGCGUUUCACGAUAUAAUAAAAAAAAUGAGGAUAAUGAUAACUCGAAAAAAUAUUCUGGAAUAUCUGUUCAGAAUAAAGCUUCUUCGGUCCUCGAUAAUACUGCCACUUCGUCAUCAAAUUGUCGGCAGAAAUUGAAUUUAGAUAAUGGCACAAAUCGAUCAUUUCGAACAAUGUUAGCAGAAAAUAAAACGAUAAUGAAUUCUACAAUCCAGUAUAAUCCAAGUUUUAAAGGCCCUUCCUCAAGUUCAUCAUGGAAGACGCCCAUAUGCAAUAAUUUUACACAAGCUAGUGCAAGCGAUACUUUUGUCAGUCAACAAUUCUUUAUGCAACGGCUUUUACAAGCCCAUCAAAUUGUUGAUGAAUUACUAAAAUCACGCGGACUACAACCAGAGGAUGAAAGGAAUUUUCUUCGAUAUUGGGAUCAGGAUCCCAUAAUCGAAGAAGAAAUUAAGGUCGAUUUUUCUCGACGAUCUAGCGCUUCAGAUUCAGGCCUUUCGCUGGAUAAUGAUUCGGAUCACUCAACUUUAGAGGAGAUUCACGAGAUUAUAUCAGAGUGCCAAGACUUGAAUCGUCAAGAAACUGAGUCACAAAUCGUCCAGUGUAGUUUCAAUUUCCAGCGCAAUCUCUGUUUUCAAUGUCUUUUUAUCGAGUCAGUUUCUCCCAUUGCUAUAUGUUCUUCUGCGCUAUUAAACAUCGUAAACUUCACGCAGAAACGACUUUAUAAAAGUUUUGAAGUAAUUUCUCCUGAAAAUAACAAAUCGAAGCAAAGAAAUGUUGCAAAGCCCAAAUUAGCGAGACAAAAACCUGCUUCACCUACAAAAUCACUUCAACGUUUCGAACAGUGCUCAGUAAUUAAAAGCUUCCAUAAUCCCUAUCGAUCUUAUUUAGGAAUUUCAAUAAUAAGACAAAUUUCCAAUUCCAAUUGGAUCUCUAGAAGAGUGAGAAGAAAGGAAGAAAAAAUUUGCAAAAUUCUUCACUUCAAUAAAUUUUCAAUUUCUUCUCAGGAGGCUUUAUUUGUAAUGCGCAGAAAAGAUCCAUUAAUCACUAUCUUUUUUAAUGUCCACGAGCCGCAAAUUUUCAAUUCAACUGCAAAAAAUGCGCAAUUGACUCUCCAUGAAAUGAAAAACAAUAACGAUCAGUCAAGUACGACAGCUUUAAGAAAGGCAUUACCCGCACAAGUUCAUAAGGAAGAAAAUAAAAUACCAAUAGUCGCUAAAAUAUCAAAAAAUUUUAAGAUAGUGAACUCAUUAGAUUCAAAUUUUUUAGAAAAACUUAAAAACAAUCAGAAUCAGCAAGAUGAAAUUCGUUUGAUAAAAAAUAAUUUAAGAAAAGUUGACUUUAAUAAAACAGUCAGAAAAGAGGGUUUGAAAAUUUAUUGCAUUCAAGACUAUCACCUAAGAACGAAAAAAAAUAUUCUCAAUGAAUUCAAUUUAAAUGAAACUCAGCAAGAAGAUGGUGAAACUUUGGUAAAAUAUGAAAAUAUACGACGGAUUGACAAAACAAAUAUAGGAAAGGAUAAUGAAAGAUCGAACAAAAUAAAGCAAAUAACACCUCGAAGAACUGAUGGAAAUUCGAGUAUCAUUAACCAACAUCAAAAAACAGUGGAGCUCAUUAAGCCAAAAGAAUGUGAAGAAAAUAAAGAAGGAAGUCGAGGAUUGAAAAAAAUCGAAAAAGUGGAUAGCCGAGAAAUAAAUAAGGUUCGUAAAGAGAGGAAACAUGAAAAAGAAGAUAACACAAAGGGAAUAAAUCACGCACCAGCGAAAUUAACUCAGAAAAAGAGCACUUCUAUAAGCAAAAAUGAAGAAAUUCCGAUCAAAUCACUAGCGAAUAAUGCAAAAGAUAUUAAGACUGGUUCCGUAGGCUCUCCAAAUUUCACUGAAAUUAGUGAAAAAAUGGACCGAAUCUUUAUUAAUGAAUUUCGCCGAGAAAAGGCAAUACCAAAGCCAAAAGCUGUUAUCAGAUUUCCAUCACCGAUACCAUUCAAGUUUAUGGAGAAUAAUCCAAUAGCUUUAUCUCAGGAUCGAUCUUUUUCACCAAUAAAAUUUAUUCAACCUGUAAAAUCUCCGCCAUCGCUUACUUCCAUACAACCAUCUUUUCCACCCCAAAAUCGUUUUGGUGUCGUUUUGAAAAGAGUUAAUCGCCAAAAAAAUGAAACGAAAUGUGGUGCAUCAAAGAAGCGGCAAGAAGAAGAAGAAGCCGCAAAACUUCAGGAUUAUAAAGAACGUCGACAAAUUGAAAGAAAAAAUGAAGAAAAUGAACUUAGAAUCCUUCGAGAAAAACAAGAACGCCGUCGUAUAGAAAGGGAAAAUGAAGAGCGUCAAAUUCUGGAGCAAAAAAAGCUCGAAGAAGCUGAACGUCAACAAGAAUGUAAAGAAAAAAUAAAAAAAGAAAAGCAAAUAGACGAAGAGAAGCUCAAGAAUAAAGCCGUUAUCAAUCCAUUCGGCCAAAUGCACAAAAAAAUCCUUUCAACAAUGAAAACUAAUCGCAGUGAUAAAUUUGGCAAUAUUGUCCAGGCAAAACAAGAAAUGGGUAUGACGAAGGACCAAAAAGAAGAAGCCAAACGCACUUAUCUAUUAAAUGUGAAGAAAAGCCUCAUUCUACCUGCCGAAAAUAGCGAUGAACUGGUGAAUAAAAUAAAAUUUCUUCAUCAAAAAAUCGGAAAACUUGAAGCUGAAAAAUAUGAUUUAGAAAAAAGGCAUGAACGACAAGAAUACGAUUUGAAAGAGUUAAAUGAACGUCAACGACAAGCAGCACGAAACAAAUUUGAUAGAAAAAGUAUUGAUUCCGAUGAUAAGCUUGCAAUUCGACAUCCGGUUUGCCUUCUUUUUUUCCGCUAA